GUAGAGCGCGUGAGGUCGAUCCACUGAAGUCAGCUGGGCCCGCGCGCGCAACAGCGCCUCGACGAAAACAACGCAGUCAUUGUUUCGACGUACAAACCGUUAUAGCCUCGUUUAAAUGCCGCUGUAAUACGUUUCUCCAGCUGUACUUCAGGUGAGGACGCUUCUAGAUCCAUCCGGUGUUCAGCAUGGCAGGCUGUGGAGAAGUGGACUGUUCAGUGAAUGCCGUGUCUCCCUCCAAGCUGAUGGAGGAAGUGGGCGAUGUUCCGGACCAGUCCGGUUCCACCGCCGUCCCCCCAGAGUGCGCCAUCUGCCUCCAGAGCUGCGUCCACCCCGUCCGCCUCCCGUGCCUCCACGUCUUCUGUUUCCUCUGUGUCAAAGGCGCCUCCUGGCAGAGCAAGCGCUGCGCUCUCUGCCGACAAGAGGUGCCGGAGGACUUCCUGGAGCGGCCGGUUCUCCUGUCGCCCGAGGAACUGAAAGCGGCGGCGGCCGGGGUGAGCCGGAGCGGCGCGGCGGGGAGCGGCUCCCGCGGCGACCACGCGUGGUACUACGAGGGGCGCAACGGCUGGUGGCAGUACGACGAGAGGACCAACCGUGAGCUGGAGGAGGCCUUCGCCAAGGAAAGGAAGAGCACCGAGAUGCUGAUCGCAGGGUUCCUGUACGUGGCCGACCUGGAGAACAUGGUGCAAUAUCGUCGGAAUGAGCACGGCCGCAGACGCAAGAUAAAGCGGGACAUUGUGGACAUCCCCAAGAAGGGAGUUGCGGGCCUAAGGUUAGACCCCGAACCUGUCCCCGUUCUCUCCGUACCGGUUGUCGCCCCGGCUGCAACCGAACGCAUCAACUCGGCGGACGGGUCGGACACUGCCGGCCAAUCGCAAUCUCCGUUCUUUGGGGUCGCGGCGGCUCUUCCCCCCGUCAGACCGCCGACACUCCAGGGGCGCCGUCUCGCCGGUCCCCUUCCUCCCUCGCAGCCAAGUGUCGAAGACACGUUCUCCCAGCUCCUGAUCAGCCAGCCGGAGGGCGACGAGGCGGAAGGAGGCGACGAGACGAUCGAGUACGCACCCGGCGGCAGCGGAAGCGAGGAGGAAGGGGAGAGCGAGAGCGGGGGAGCAGAGUCGACGCGAAGACUUGAGCAAAGACCGCCGAGAGAGAGCCAGCCAGCCAGGACGCCUCCAAGGGGCGGGCCCUCCAGCUCCGCCCCCAGUCUCCGCUCACGAAGUCCUGAUGGACAGUGCACUGUUACAGAUGUGUGACCGGGCAACGGCAUCUGACCGACAGAUGACAGAGCUUCAACUGUCAUCCGGUUGUCAACAAAAAUGUACAAACAUGCAUCUUCAAAGGUCCCAUGAAACGAAAAAUAUUGUUUGGUUUUUUGUCCCUGGGUGUAUUUUACCACAUCCAUCAUGUGCCAAAUAUGAACCUAACAUUUAUAUUACUUUUUUUGAUAUUAAAAUAUUCAACGAUCUCCAUCCAAUUGAAUGUAAUCUUAGUUUUGUUUGGGAUCCCGUGAACCUGCAGGUCUCAGAAGGUGACUAGCAGUAGCAGCAAUAACAUGCGUACAUGGCAUUGUUUUGCAUAUUACGAUUGACAGGCCUCUAGUGCAAACGUAUAAUUAUUUAACACCUGGGACUAACGAAUGCGCAUGUUUGGUUUCUUUCACGGUUCAAUGUGUUUCUGAAACGGUUACAACGAGGAUUCGUUGACGAGCCGUUUCACUGAAAUAUAAAACCUGUGGUAAAUUAAUCAAAAUGAUGAUGAAAGCAUGUCGUCCUUUGACUCUGUCGUAACGUUGGGAGUCUGGGCUGCACACGCAGAAUAGACUGCGUGCAGUAAGUUGUAAUUUGACUAAAUUCAUAUUUAAUGGGAUGCUGUCAAUAUCUGCAUAUUAGUGCUGCUGAAUGCAGUUAAAUGGGGAAUACUUUAAAACAAAACACGCCAUAAGAGCCAUUUUCACUUUUUCCGAUGCCUCCAAAUAGUUUCAAGAUUUAAAUCACGUCUGUUUUGAAAUUCUGCAAAUUCCUGAGUUUAAAAAAUGUCUGGGAACCUCCCACUUUGCAGCCCUAGUUGCAUCAUUUAAGCCAUUUCAUGGGACCUUUGAACGUGUAUUUUUAUUUCAAAAGCAAGAUUCAGCCAGCAAUAUACACUGUAUGCAAAGGUAGUCGUGCACCGCUCUCGGAACCGCGUUAGGCAGUGAAGCAUAACUCUGGUUCUUGAUGAACUUUGGUAACUUCUUGGUCAACGCUGUCCAAAAAACCACCUCCCAUGUGUCGCCGCCUUGUGACACAGCAACACGACUGCUUUGGAAACUAAACCACACCCUCUCCGUGCUCUAAUCUUUAGUUCUCUCUCUCUCUUUUGAAGUGAUGGUGUACAAAUUCAGCUUAAUUGUAGCAGCUUAUGUAAUUGUUCCAGAGAUAAAAUUGCUCAUGUUUUUCCUGCCUGCUGAUUUAGAUUUUUUUUUUUCCGGUGUUGAAGUUUGCAUCAGGAUCUAAUUAAUAAUAAUUAAACUGGAAAUUGUGUGGGUGUUAAAGCGUAGGAGGGCAGGGGGCGCUGCGUUCCUUCUAUCUUAGUGUGCAAGUCUUGUUUAGUAGUGCUGUGUGUUUGUGUUGUGCGUGGAGGUGGAAAGCAUCACGCUAUAUAUGCAGAGAGACUAAUUUGAUUUUCUAUUUGUCGUCUCGGUACUCUCGAUGAGGCGGCGACCGGAGCGCUGACAUCUCAAGCUGUCCUCACGUGCUCCGUUUUGUCCUUUUUCUGCAUCUGCUGCUUUUACUUUAAUAGUCAACUUUUCGCCGUUUGUCUUACCUUUUCUGAAUUACCCAAACAAGUGUGUGUGGUGUUGCCCCUGUAAUUUUUUUGUCAACUUAUUAAAUGUCUAUAAUUUAAAAGCA